GUCAGAGUCUACGUGGUGAGGUUUGGAACCACUAACCCGGUUGUACACUUAUCACUAUGGUUGAGACCCGUAGUGGGAAGGAGACUAGCCUCUAUAGAAAGAAGCAGCAAGAGAAGAUGGCCGCCAUAGUGAAAGAGAAUAGGGAGAGGAAAGACCGUGAGAAACAGGCAAAGCUAAAGGCUAUCGCAGACGAGCGGGCGGCGAAGAUGAAGGAAGUGGAGGAAGAGAUGAAGAAGAAGGAGAAGGUUGCUAAAGAAGAAGCGGCAGCAGAAGAGGAAAAAGAAAGGAUGAGGAUUGAAAGCAGAGAAGGGAGCAGUGGCACGAAGAAGGGCACAGACGCUGAGAUUGAGAAGAAGAUCAGCGAGUGGGUUGCUAACUUAUCGUUGGGGGAAGAUGAAGAGGCGGAAUCAUAUGUGACUGAGGAUGAGAAGGCCGCAUUGGCCGCUGAGCUAGCAACCAUGACGGAUCCUAUGGAGCGAAGAGAGAGGGAAGAUGAGCAAAAGUUGCAAUGGAAGCUGAGAAUGAAGAGGGAGAAGAGGAGGAUGAGUGAAGAAGUGAAUAAGAUGACCGCAGCAGUAGCGAAGGUGCAGGAAUGUAGAGCGGAGGUAUUGGCCCAGCCAGACGAUAAGGCCAAGUGGGACAAGGUACUGGGAUACCUGGAAGUGUUGAGCAAGGCCUGGAUGGAGGAGCACCAGGCUAGUUGGAGUCAGGAUGUCACGUUGAGUGCCAUGCGGUCAGGAUUUAGGGAGUUUGCACGCGAGAUCGUCACCCACAUUGGGGGGGAAGUGAAACAGUUGAGGGACAACGUAGGGAAGCACUGUGAAGGCGCCAUUGAGGGUGCCAAAGCCAUAGCUGCUGCAGAGGGCGAAGGUAGACCCCGCAAAGAGUCUGUAAAGCUCAAGUUUCCAGACGCGUACGGGGGAAAGAAGGAGGAAAACUUUGACAAUUGGGAGGCCAGUGUCAACAAUUAUAUCUCUUUGCAGCAUAUCCUAACUGAGGAGCAAGUCCUCGUGGCCUUCCAGGCCCUCAAGGACGAAGCAGCUAGUUUCGCUAGGUCUCUUGCGCAUACAGCCGGUUGUGAAAACAACCUGGUUGCAUAUUCCAAGGUCACCCCUCUUUCCCAAUUCCUCAAGCUCCUUAAGGAGCGUUUCGCCGACCCGACGCGAGGCAUUAGAGCCUCUGACAAGCUACAAACGAUCCACUCACGACAGUGGAGGAGUGCCAAGGCACUCAAGAGUACCAUGGACGACUUGGUAGCUGUCCCGGACCAUGGGGUCACUGAGCCCCAGUUGGUCCACUUGUUUUAUCGUUCCAUUCCAGAGGCCCUACGUGGGCAUUUCUUUGACAAGUCUCAGCAGGCCGGCAUCACUUACGAUGCAUUGAGUAGAGAAGACGUCCUGUAUGAGUCGAAGUCUAUGCCAGUCACCACUUUCUGGCAUAAGGACCUGGAGAAGGGGAAGAAGUGGAAGGAUCGUACCAUCUCAGACCAAGUGAAGACCAAGGAUCACAUGAUCCUGUCGUUAGAGGAAGGUGGUACCGAUGAGGUCCCAUAUGAUCAGAUUGAGUGGGGCCUCGAAGAUAAUGGCAGUAGUGUGGGGCAGGGGAGGUCUUACGCUGCUGUCGCGGAUGGAGGGAGGCCACAAGGAGGAGGAGGAGGCGAGGGCCAAAGGGGCCAGGCCAUGGGAGGCCGAGGACCGGGCGCACAGGGGGUUGGCGGACAGGGAAACCGCCAAGCGGGAGGUGUGGCAGAAGAGUUAAAGGAGAGGAUGCCAUCCUGGGCCAAAAUGAAGAAGGAGAGUAAAGGACAACUGAUUUUGGUAGAUGUAGAGGUGUUUAGGAGUAGGGUAGGGGCCCUUAUAGACUCAGGGGCUMCCCGUAGUUAUAUCAGYCGUAGGGCGCURAAGAAGCUGAGGCUAGGACUAAAGGUCCAGAAGUUAAUAGACCCUAUAGUCAGUGUUCUCGCAGACAACCGCACAAUGCGCGUUGAGGACUAUGUAGAGGGAGUUCAGGCGUACUUUCGUUUAGAGAAGAAUGGGAAGGUGGAGAAAGUUUUGCAUUCCCUAACUCUCCUCGUACAAGAUGACCUUCCUUUCGAUGUAGUGUUAGGAAUGGAUUGGGGAGAGGAAGCGGGGGCCACACUCCAUCCGAGAGAGCAUGAGUGUAGGCUCCCUAGUCCGUCAUGCGAGGUUAAGACUGCCCGCCUGUUUCAUGUGUCGGGUGUAGACAACACCUUGGCACAUUGCUGUCUCAGUGCUCCCGCGUUUGCGCGAUUAGUGAGAAAGGAGCAGUUAGAGGAACAGGUCUUUGUAGUGUAUGUUAGACCUGUCAUUGAGGGCCAGGAAAAGGAUAGUUCCACGGAUCCAGCUAUUGCCAAGCUCCUGGAAGAGUUCAAAGAUUUGACUGAGUCGCCGACGGGGGUAGUGUCGCGACCCAUCCAGCACAGGAUAGAGAUAGAGCCUGGCAGUAGAACUCCUAAGGGUGCAGUCUACAGGAUGUCCCCUAGAGAGUUAGAGGAGCUUCGCAAGCAGUUAGACGAACUCCUUGAGAAGGGCUGGAUCAGGCCCAGUUCGUCUCCUUUUGGAGCACCAGUUUUGUUUGUCCCCAAGAAGGAAGGAGAGCUUCGUAUGUGUAUAGACUAUAGGGGUUUGAACGCGAUCACAGUGAAGAAUGCUGAGCCGCUGCCCAGGAUAGACGAUCUUCUAGAUCGGGUGCAGGGUUGUAAGUAUUUCUCUAAGAUAGAUCUGAAGUCCGGAUACCAUCAGAUAGAAAUUAAUCCUGAUGAUCAGCACAAGACUGCGUUCCGGACUAGAUAUGGGCAUUAUGAGUUUAUAGUGAUGCCUUUUGGACUAACCAACGCGCCAGCUACUUUUUAGCGUUGUAUGAAUGACCUGUUUAGACCGUGGUUAGAUAAAUUUGUAAUAGUCUA